AUGUAUAAGGUGUUAUUGGCGACUUUGGCCUUAAGUGGUCUUUCUAUUGCACGCCCGGACGUGUUUUUAAUCCGACAUGGCGAAAAACCCAAGGAGGGCAACGGGCUUGACGAAGAUGGGCUGGAUCGAGCACAGUGCAUUCGACAUGUCUUUGGCGAGCAUUCAGACUAUAAUAUCGGGCUAAUUCUGGCUCAGAAGCCUAAGAAGAACGGAAAAAGACGUCGACCCUACGAAACCGUUAAACCACUUGCCAAAGACCUGGGAAUGAAGGUUGACUUAUCGUGCAAUCGUGAUGAUUCAAAUUGUGUCAAGAAGGCCAUUGCAAAUUAUGACGGAAAAGGAAAUAUUUUAAUAUGCUGGGAACAUCAUCGAAUGACAGACCUUGUGGAAGCGCUUGGGUAUGAGGAUGCACCACAAUACCCAGAAGAUCGGUUCGACCUAAUAUGGAGUGACCCAUUUCCCUACACGAGAAUCACGAAUAUAAAAAGUGAGAAAUGUGUUGGUCUGGAUUGGAUGCCGGAGGACUUAUAA